ACAGCACAGCAAACACUCAUAUAAUAAAAGGAAAGAGCAGGCAAAGAUUUCUUCGAAGAAGAGCCGGUGGAUAAUUUUUCCACAGAUUUUACAUAGAGCAACUAAUGGACAACCUGACAUUCACAAAUGACUUUCUCCUCGUGGAGGGAUUGAAAGUUACAUAUCCAUCUUCCUAUCCUAUUUUUAUCCUGCUUUUCUUGUUUUAUAUCUUUGCUAUGGGAUGUAACAUUGGACUAAUAAUUUUGAUAGCAACUGAGAAGAAGCUACAUCAUCCUAUGCAUUUUCUCUUCUGUAAUCUGCCAGUGAAUGAUAUAAUAGGCACCACUGUCAUUUUGCCGCGUUUAAUUUGUGACAUUUUUAAGCAGACCUCGGAGCGCUCUAUGACAUAUGUCGAGUGUGUUGUUCAAGCAUAUUUUGUGCACAUAUUUACAACAGCAAGCCACACUGCCCUAGUAACCAUGGCCUAUGACAGACAAGUGGCUAUAUGCAAUCCAUUACUGUACACAGCUGUAAUGACAGAUAAAAUGGUGGUUAAAUUGUCAGCAACGGCCUGGACACUACCGAUAAUUGUGGUGGCAGUUAUGAUAGGUCUCACUGUACGGUUGUCUCGCUGCAGAUCUAAAAUCGAAAACCCUUUCUGUGACAACGCCUCACUUUACAAGUUGUCAUGUGAAAAUGUUGCCAUUAAUAACAUUUUUGGAAUAGUUUAUUCUGUGGCAGCCCUCAUAAUAUCAGUAGCAUUGAUGGUUAUAGCAUAUGCUAGGAUUGUUACUGCUUGUAUAAUCAGUAAAAGCAAAGCACUCAACAGCAAAGCCAUCAAAACAUGUAGCAGUCACAUAGCUGUAUAUUUAAUAAUGUUUGUUUCUUGUGCCAUCAUGAUUUUUUUCCAUCGUUUUCCUGAGUAUUCUGAAAACAGGAAACUAGCUAGUAUAAUGUUUCAUAUCGUACCGCCAGGGCUAAAUCCUAUUGUGUAUGGCUUACAAACCAAAGAGAUAAGACAAAUAAUUGUUAAACGCUGGUGGAAAAAUGCAGUUGACAAAUUGUGACUUACUAUAAUUGUGCUUCAAAAAAAACUUCAAAAUAUAAGCUGAACAUUUUUACAGUAUAUGUACUUUGUACACCUUCCACUGUGGUUUUAAUUAUUUUGAUUAUAAUGUCCAUUUGGUUGCUUAAUAAAAAUUAUAUUUUACAUAAUCAUUUUCAUGUGCUUGUCAAUUUGAAACAUUGACAACCGGUAAGAGUCAGAUAGUUUAAUGCUUUUUAAACUUUUAAUAUUCUGUUAUAAUUUAAAAUAGAGCUCUAUUCUUUAAUAAUAAAAGGAUGAUGUCAAUGAAUACUUUGUCUAGCGCAUAACACUGCCUGCAUUUUUCCCAGUGCAUCCUUCUGUACUCACUUCCUGAUCAAAUUUGGGGUUGCAUGGCGGCUCAGUUCUUCAGCAGGUUCAAGUUCCAAUUGGGCCAGGAAUUUGCAAAUUAUAUGCUUUGCCUCUGCUAAAUGCUUUGCUUUAUGUGUUUUGUCUAUGUAGAAGUUUCACAAAAAAAAAUCUAUAAACAUAUUUAGAAUACUGACAACAUUAAUGUAAUCAGUGUCUUCAAAAUUCACAAUAGGAUAAAGGUUAUUAUUUUUAUUUUGAUGGUCCCAUUAACAAAUUUGGGAGAUGUUACAUUGGAAUUUAACUACGAGCCAACUAAUACUCAUUGAAGACUGUAAGUUUGAGGUUAGGAUUAAUGUAAGUUGGGGUUAAUGUCUGUUGGUUUUCACUAAUAAGAAUUAGUUGGCAUGUAGUUGCAAUGCAAUGUACAGUCAACGAAAUGUGCAAAAGGAAGCAUAAAAAUAAAGUAAUAGUAAACAAA